AUGGAUGAAGAGAAAUCAAUCUUCUCUUUUUCGUUCGCACAUGAAGCAGAGAAGCAAAAUGAUUGUAACCAAGUUGAUGAGCACCAAAAAGAUGUUGAUGCAGGUGCUCUCUUUGUCCUCAAAUCUAAAGGUUCAUGGGUUCACUGUGGUUAUCACUUGACAACAUCAAUAGUGGCACCACCACUCCUAAGUCUUCCAUUUGCUUUCACUUUUCUCGGAUGGACGGCUGGGAUCUUGUUCUUGGUUAUUGCUGCUGUUGUUACUUUCUAUAACUACAACUUGAUAUCUCUAGUUCUUGAGCACCAUGCUAAUCAAGGUAGGCGCAUGCUUCGAUUUAGAGACAUGGCUCGCGACAUUUUAGGUCCACCAUGGGGUCGGUUUCUUGUGGGGCCAAUUCAAUUUGCACUAUGCUUUUGUGUUGUCGUGGCUUGUAUCCUUCUUGGAGGACAAUGCAUGAAGACGAUUUACCUACUAUCGAACCCAAAUGGUUCUAUGAAGCUUUAUGAGUUCAUCGUGGUAUUUGGCUGUUUCAUGCUGAUUUUGGCUCAAAUGCCAUCUUUUCAUUCAUUGAGACACAUUAAUUUAGUGUCUUUGAUUCUGUGCUUGGCCUAUAGUGCAUGUGCUAUUGCUGGUUCCAUUUACAUUGGAUACUCAUCAAAAGGGCCCAAAAAGGAUUAUUCAAUAAAAGGCAACACAGAGAGUCGCAUUUUCGGAGCCUUCAAUGCCAUGUCCAUCAUUGCUACAGCAUAUGGAAAUGGAAUAGUCCCAGAGAUCCAGGCAACAUUAGCACCACCAGUGAAAGGGAAAAUGUUCAAGGGACUAUGCAUUUGUUAUGCUGUGAUUAUAGUAACUUUCUUUGGUGCAGCCAUCUCUGGCUAUUGGGCAUUUGGAAACCAAGCAGAAGGCCUCAUUUUAACCAAUUUUAUGGACAGUAAUGGGAAGCCAUUGGUGCCAAAGUGGUUUAUUUACAUGACCAACAUUUUCACAAUUGCACAACUAGCAGCUGUUGGAGUGGUGUACUUGCAGCCCACAAAUGAAGUGUUGGAACAAGCAUUUUCAGACCCAAAAAGCCCGGAAUUUUCGCAGCGCAAUGUAGUCCCCAGAUUGAUUUUGAGGUCACUAAGUACAGCUAUUGGAACUGUUAUAGCAGCAAUGCUUCCCUUCUUUGGUGACAUAAACUCUCUUAUAGGAGCUUUUGGUCUUAUGCCACUUGAUUUCAUUCUACCACCGGUCUUCUUCAAUUUGACGUUUCGGCCAUCCAAGAAAACUCCCAUUUUCUGGCUGAAUGUGAGUAUUGCUGUUGUUUUCUCCAUUGUGGGAGCUAUAGCAGCAGUUGCAGCAGUUAGGCAGAUAGUUCUUGAUGCCAAAACUUAUCAGCUAUUUGCUAACUUGUGAUAUAAGAUUGUGUCAUCUUGCAAUUUAAUGAUUUUUAAUCCUCAAUUUUAUUUAUAUAGAGUUUAAUUUUGAUGCAUUGAAAA